AUGGACGCCAAUUCACCUCCCAUCUCAAUCCCUCCAUCCUACGAAACCCUCCCUGUCACCGACAUCAAACUCAGCCACCAUCCUCCCAACUCACCAUCGCCCACUCCAAUCCUCAUUGUAACCCUGAAUCGUCCACAAAAGCACAAUGCCUACACACAAGCCAUGGGCGAAAGUCUGGAACGCGUCUUCCGGACUGUCGAUAUCGACGACCGCGUCAAGGUUGUCGUCCUUACCGGAGCCGGGAGGACAUUUUGCGCUGGCGCAGACCUAGACAUUGGUUUCAGCGGUGCUAAACAGAUUGACCCGGAGGUAUACCGCGACAGGUAA